UAUGGCAAUGGCGUUAGAUGGAGAUCUAGGGCUCAUUCUAACCUAGGCGUUGAGUUCACGUGAAAACUAUCGUCCCGGGGAGAUCUUUGUGAUAGUAGAAUAUCUUCAAACGGGGUAACACGCACACAGUGCUGUUGAUGAGCAACUGGUUGCCUGGAUAUCAUAGCCCAGCAGGAUACCUUCAACAGACGUCUCUUUAGUCCAGUCAGUCAGGAAAGCAAGUAUGCUUGGAUACAUCACCAGGUCAAAGCUUGUCGCAAUGUUGUGGUUGGCAUGUGUGAUAACAACUGUUCUGUACAUUGCUUCAAGCAGAAAUAAGCCCAUGAAACAAAAUACCAUAGUGCUGGUCGACACACAUAAGAAAGAACACCGAGACGGAAGUCCACAGUCCGGAGAGCAGGACAAAGUCCGGACAAUCUCAGGUACCUCGGAGCAUGUCUUGCUCGUGCUUUUCUCCACGUGGAUUAACAAAAAGGGGAAAGAGCACGUGCAGCGUAGUGUGCUUGGAACAUGGCGCACCUGGCUGACGCACAUCAAACCAGUGUUGCUGACGGACGACCCGGAUGCAAGGCUGAACGCUGAGAAGACCGGGUGGCAGGUGAGGGGGGUGGGGGAGACAGGGUGUGGCAAUACCAGCAUGCCCACUCUGAGAGGCAUGUUCAAUGACAUUAUCGCACAGUAUAAAGGAACCGCAGACCUAUUUGGGUUUGCAAACGGUGAUCUGGUUUUUGACGAUGGCCUGAUUACCACAAUGCAGGCACUUGUUAAACAGGAGAGUGAUGUGUUGAGGUCACGGCCUGUGAUGGUGUUGGGUAAGAGGACGAACGUGGACAUGAAGGACAACGUCACUGUCACUGACGUCAGUCAGGUGAAAGGUCACGCAUCACGUGGGCGCUACCCCGGAGAGGGUUCUUCUGACUUCUUCUUCACGAAUCACCUGUUUCCGUGGGAUCGCGUACCAGAGAUUGUCAUUGGACGAGUAGGAUUCGGAAUGUGGAUUGUGGCAUAUGCGCGAGCGAAUAACGUGACACUUUAUGACGUCACGAAGACCGUGACUGCAAUUCAUAUGACGACAAAAGAAGGUAUUUUUGAAUCAGCUAAAAGUGCCAAUACUUGGUGUAAUCAUAAUUUGGUAAACGCCAAUCACAUGCGGCCAAAGAACUAUGCGUGUGGUUGGAUUGAUUGUGCAAGGAGACGUUCCAUAUACUCGGCUGACGGCUCUGUAACCUUCACUGAUGUUAAAAACAGUACCCUAAUGAAAGGAUGUCAUUUGUGUGGAUAUAACUAAAAUUGGUAUAUUUGCCUCUGUGUCUACCACAAAGUGGCACCAAGAGGGUACAGUGAUUUUCGUUUCCUGGGGGUUCUUAUGUCGCCCGUUAUUUAGUUAUUUCAAUCGAACUAAAGUGGAGCUGUGGUAACAAUCAUGACACCACUCAGAGACAAUACACUGGAUAAUCGAGGAUGGAGAAUACAUGACAAUAAUAUAACAAAGAGAACAUCUUCAGCUGUCAUCCUGAAGAGAAGACCCGUGAACCUCCGGGUUACAAUUGGUCUUCAGCAACCCAUACUUGUACCCCGUGAACAUCCGGGUUACAAUUAGUCUUCACAACCCAUGUUUGUACCCCGUGAAC